AUGAAUCGUGGUUUUUUGCAGGUGCUAUUCACGUGCUACAUGGCUAGCGAACAUUCAUCUGAUGAAACGAGAAAAUGUGCGGAAGGACUUGCUAAAAACGUAAACAGUAACCAUAGUGGGAUCUUCAUAGAUACUGUGGUCAGCUCUAUUCUUAAAGUCUUCAAUGUAGCAUAUGGUUUUAUGCCAUCUUUCCAGAGCUCCGAUAACCGUGAAACGAUGGCUCUACAAAAUAUUCAAGCUCGUAUCAGAAUGGUUCUUGCUUAUCUUUUUGCUCAACUCGCACUUGUAUCUCACAAACGCCCUGGAGGGCUUCUUGUAUUGGGUACUGCGAAUGUUGAUGAAAGUCUCGUCGGAUAUCUCACGAAAUAUGAUUGCUCAUCUGCGGAUAUCAAUCCAAUUGGUUCAGUUAGCAAAAGAGAUUUGAGGCAGUUUUUGGAAAUUGCAUAUGAAAAAUACGGAAUGACUGCUCUUCGAAGUGUGAUUGAUUCAACUCCAACUGCAGAGUUGAGACCAUUGGUUGAUGGAAAAGUAUCACAAACGGAUGAAGCUGAAAUCGGAUUGACUUAUGAUGAACUUUCGGUUAUCGGAAGACUUCGUAAACCCGGGGGAAUGGGUCCGUACGCAAUGUUCUUAAAGUUGUUGACACUUUGGGGAGACAAGUAUUCAGUUGAAGAGGUCGAGGACAAAGUUCGUAAGUUCUGGUGGCGUUAUCGUGUCAAUCGUCACAAAGCAACCGUCUCGACGCCAGCGAUUCAUGCUGAAAACUAUAGCCCUGAUGAUCAUCGAAAUGAUCAUCGACCAUUCCUGUAUCCUGAUUUCUCUUAUCAGUUCGAAAGAAUCCGUGAGAAGGUUGAAGAGCUAAAAAAGAGCAACUGA